AAAUAUGGCGGCGCCCGGCAGCCACAAUUCGGUUGCCCUGCCGUCAUCGGACGUCUUGCCAAGCCGUGCAGAACCGAUGAUUCCAAAAUCUGAUAUAUCAGACAAACAAACGCUGCUAGCUGUGCUGCAGUUUUUGAAGAAAAAUAAUCUAAAGGACACUGAAGAAUUACUAAAGCGUGAGUCGGGGAUAAAAGAUGAUGAAGUCACGCCGCAGUCUGCUACAGCGAGUGAGAGUGAUGUGUCUCAUGCUCUGGCUGCUUACAAAAGUUCAGACGAUCCCAGUCUCUAUAGCGACUACUACACCGACCUCAAGGCUUUCAUUGAUAGCUGUCUGGAUGUCCACAAGGUGGAGCUGGCUGUGAUCUUGUACCCAGUAUUUGUCCACAUGUACCUAGAGCUCGUUUACAAUGGACACGAAAGUCAUGCGGUGGAGUUUUUUGAGAAGUUCCAUACUGACCAAGAAGAUUACUACCAGGAUGACCUCAGACAACUGUCCACUGUGGUCAAGCAGGAACACAUGCAGGGAAACAGUCUGAUGGAAAACUUCAAAUCGAGCAAGUUUGUGAUAAAGAUGUCGCGGGACUCCUACAUCCAUCUUAAGCGGCGCCUACAGGAGAAGAAGAUGAAACCUUUACUGAACAUUAUACAGGAACAUCUGUUCGUGGAUGUUUUUGACGGUAUGCCGAGAAAUAAACAGCAGAUACAGCAGUCGAGUGGAGCCGUCCUGGGGGAGUCGGAGCGAGAAGCUAACAGAGUGAAGGUGUACUACGGCCUACUGAAGGAGCCGGACAUCAACAUCCCACUGGAGGAGGAGGAGGAAACCGGGGAGGGGGACGAUAAACCUAAGAAAAGGAAGCAGAAGAAAGAUCCUCUUAUGAUGAAGAAGUCCAAAAAUGAUCCGAAUGCCCCUCAGAAUAACAGAAUACCGCUGCCUGAACUUAAAGACAGUGACAAGAUAGAGAAGAUUACGGUGUUUCGGGAGGGGACAAAAAGAGUGAAAAUCAACGCAGCUAACAUGCCGUCAAUCUGCUUCUACACGCUACUCAAUUCCUUCCAGGGGGCGACGUGUGUGGAGAUCAGUGAAGACUCGAGUCUGCUUGCCGCGGGGUUCUCCAAUUCCACCAUCAGGGUGUUCAGUCUCAAUGCAACAAAGCUACGCACCAUGAAGAAGCCAAAAGAUCUUGACCUCAUCGACAAAGAAACAGAUGACGUGUUAGAGAGGAUGAUGGAUGAUCGUACGGCCAGUGACUUCAAGGUCUUACAUGGGCACAGUGGUCCAGUGUAUGCCACGAACUUCAGCCGCGAUCGCAAGUUCCUGAUAUCUGCCUCGGAGGACGGUACUAUUCGUCUUUGGAGUUUACUGACCUGGACCAACUUGGUUUGUUACAAAGGACAUAUCUACCCAGUGUGGGACGUUAAAUUUAGUCCCCAUGGGCAUUAUUUUGUGUCCUGUGGCCACGAUAAAACAGCCAGAAUCUGGACAACUGAUCACUCUCAACCGGUCAGAAUAUUUGCUGGUCAUCUCUCCGAUGUUGAUUGUGCAUUAUUCCACCCCAAUAGUAACUACGUAGCGACAGGGUCAAGUGACCGAGUGGUCAGAAUGUGGGACAACUUGACCGGCAAUUGUGUCCGAAUUCUCACUGGACAUAAGGGAGCAGUACAGGCGCUGUGUUUCUCACCAGACGGAAGAUUUCUCGCAUCCUCAGGUGUGGAUCGCUGCGUACUUCUGUGGGACAUUUCCAGUGGAAGUCUAUUGGCCAACAUGAAGGGACACACGGACACAGUGUACUGUCUGGCUUUUAGUCGUGAGGGUGCAUCUUUGGCGUCAGGUGGUCUGGAUAACUAUGUCAGACUAUGGGACAUUCACCGAGUACUACAGGAGGUAGACAUGGAGGCUGAUCUUAGUAUCCCGAGCUCCUUCACAGUGAAUGAGAACCCUAAUCUCCUUUUUGGGUCGUUUCCUACCAAGUCCACUCCGGUCCUCGCAGUCCAUUUCACCCGCAGGAACUUACUAUUGGCUAGCGGACCACUACAGACUUGAAAAGUCUCCGGGCAUCAAGGUCACGACUUUACCACUCAAGGUCACGACUUUACCACACUGAAGAGAUCAAGGUCAUCUAGGUGUGAACCACUUUGAGGUCAAGGUCAAGAGGAAAUCACCACAGUAUGAAGGUCAAGGUCAACAUGAAAUUACUACAGUGUAGAGAUGAAGAUGUUGACAAUCAGGAAGUGACCGUCUGUCUGCCCAGGACAAACUGAGGUUCCCGACUGACAUUUUAUGUAUUGAAGGUUGAGACUGAUCCUAGUGGUCACUGCAGGGGGCGACAAAGUGCCAUUAAAAAUCCUUACCGCUACCUGUAUAGUGAACUGUGUUAUCGGUGAAAACCUGACAUUUCAAUGCUUAUAGGACUGAUAGUGCCAUACAUUGAAGAGCAAUCAGUUUAUGUGAAUGGUUAGGCUCAGAUAUCAUUUAUCAUAGACAUGUUUUUGACAAACAGUUAAGAUAAAAAAAAUCUCAGUGUUUUUAAAUGUCACAAUUUGAGCUAAGCAGUAGGACAUGCUAACUGAUCCUGGGAUUCACCGAGUCUCCUAUUACAUUAACAGGAAGCUGAUUCCCCACUCUAAGGAUGUAGUGUGUAUAGUAUAAAUGUACCAUAUUUAUUUCGUCUUGGAGGAAAAAGGUUGACAUCCUGCUGUAGAAGACUUUUUAGCGUCAUGAAUCACAAAUGUUGUUUCCAAGCAUUUUGUUAAUUUAUUCUUUGAUCCUAUUAAACAAUUUAAUAUUGUGAAUACAUAUUUCUAUGUGAUCUUGUUCUUGCAAAAAGUUGUUUGUAGGGAUUCGAUUUGCAAAAGAAUUUGAUGUCGGCAAAAUAAAAUGAUCA